CAAAUGACGUACCAAGUAGACCUUCUGAAGGAGACCAGCUGUUGUCCUUGUGGAAAAGUUUUUGAGAGUUGAAUACACACUCGUAGACAACCUUCAAAACAUGAAGUAAAUUUUUGUACAAUUUACUGCGUAGGAAAGAAUCAUAUAUAAUUAUGGUACAGUGCAGGGAGAGAAGAGACCCACUAUUGCAAACCACACAGAUUAAAUCCUAUUGAUUUUACCUACUCUGUGGUCCAUGAAUGUCACAAAAAAACUGAAGGUUAUUAUAAAGUUCAAAAGAGAAAAAUAACAAAGCCAGUGAAGAUUAUAUCCUCUUAACUGAAAGCAAAUGCCUCAGUUUGACGGGAAAUUCAAGGCUUUCAUCAACGACAGAUGGCUGGUGUUUGUUUGUGCAAUGUGGAUUCAGUCAUGUGCAGGGAUUGGGUACUUGUUUGGGAGUAUAUCACCUGUGAUAAAGAGCACCAUGGGUUACAACCAAAGGCAGAUAGCGAUUUUGGGUGUGGCAAAGGAUUGGGGUGAUGCUAUUGGGUUUGUGGCUGGUAGUUUGUGCGAUGUUUUGCCUACUUGGGGGCUUUUGCUCAUUGGGGCUGUUCAGAACUUUCUUGGGUAUGGCUUGCUUUGGCUUAUUGUCACCCAGAAAUUGCCUAAUAUGCCUCUGUGGGUGCUUUGCGUUUGUUUAUUUGUUGGAACAAAUGGGGAGACAUUCUUCAACACAGCAGCUUUGGUUUCAUGCGUUCAAAACUUCCCCAAAAGCCGCGGUCCUGUUGUGGGAAUACUAAAAGGAUUCGCAGGGCUUAGCGGUGCAAUUUUGACUCAGAUUUAUAUCAUGAUCAAUUCUCCGAAUGAAGGAUCAUUGAUAUUUAUGGUUGCAGUUGGUCCUUCAAUGGUUGUCAUUGCUUUAAUGUUCAUCAUUAGACCUGUGGGAGGUCACAGACAAGUCAGACAAUCUGAUAGUUCCAGCUUCUUAUUUACCUAUAGUAUUUGCCUUGUUCUGGCAGCUUAUAUGCUUGGAGUCUUGCUAGUUGAGGAUUUUGUUAGCUUGGAUCAAACUUUGAUCACAAUAUUAGUAGUGAUUUUAAUAAUUCUCAUACUUCUUCCAAUUUCAAUCCCUGUGACAUUGAUUUUCUUCUCGGAUCAAAGACCUUCAACAGAAGAGAGCCUUCUCUCUGGGCCCUCGCAGAAGCAAGAAUCAGAAAUAUCAGAGCAGGACAAAAAUGAGGUCAUUCUUAGUGAGGUUGAAGACGAGAAGUCUCCAGAAGUAGAUUCACUUCCAGCUUCAGAAAGGCAAAAAAGAAUUGCUCAAUUGCAGGCUAAACUGUUUCAGGCAGCUGCAGAAGGAGCAGUGAGGGUCAAGGGAAGGAAAGGUCCGCGUAGAGGAGAGAAUUUCACCUUGGCACAGGCUUUAGUAAAGGCAGACUUUUGGCUUCUUGUUUUCUCCCUCUUACUGGCUGCUGGAUCUGGUUUGACAAUUAUUGAUAAUCUUGGUCAGAUUACUGAAUCACUUGGGUACAGUGAUUCUAGUAUUUAUGUUUCCAUGAUCAGCAUUUGGAACUUUCUUGGCCGUGUUGGUGGUGGAUACUUCUCUGAGAUCAUAGUAAGAGAUUAUGCCUAUCCAAGGCCCGUGGCCCUGGCUGCAUUUCAGUUUAUCAUGGCAUUUGGACUGUUAUACUAUGCAAUUUCAUGGCCAGGACAAAUUUAUGUAGUCACUGUCUUGUUAGGACUUGGAUAUGGUGCCCACUGGGCAAUUUUACCUGCUGCUGCUUCAGAGCUAUUUGGCUUGAAAAGUUUUGGGGCCUUGUAUAAUUUCCUAACAAUGGCAAAUCCUGCUGGUUCUUUAAUAUUCUCAGAAGUCAUUGCUAGUGCCAUAUAUGACUAUUAUGCAGAGAAACAAGCCUCCCUGCGACAGCAAUAUUCGACAUCAAUGCUUACAAUGAAGCCUUUUCACAAGGACACUACACUCACUUGUGUGGGAUCUAUAUGCUACUCCCUCACUUGUGGAAUCUUAUCAGGACUAUGUAUUGUUGCAAGUGUGCUAAGUUUAGUUGUUGUUCAUCGGACAAAGAGGGUUUAUGCCCAACUCUAUGGAAAGUCUCGCAAUUGAUUGAAAAUACUUCAGCAGAUGGAGAUUAUCUACUUUGAGCACAAGGAUGAAAAGGGUUUCUUUUUCGUCUUUGAAAUACAUCUGAAGUCUGUCAGUGGAAAGGAGAGCUGAAUUAGACAUUUCUGCCUAUAUUACCUUGCACAGAUGAAUUAUUAUUCAAUUGAUUAUACGAAAACCAAGUUGUCUGAAGGUUUUCUACACUAAAUCUUAACAGAGACUUUUUUUUCUUUUGUUGUUGUUGGCAUUAUGUUUUCCCCUUGGCCAUUACAUUUUCAAUAAGAAAUGAAGUUUAUCUGAUUCAUUUUA